UCUUUCAAAUACUUCCAGAACAAAUAGUUGACAAAGAAACGUGGACAGCGUAAAAAACGGUCGAUGAUUGGUAUUAUUUUAUUUAUUUUUUGGCGAAGAUUUUUGUUCUCUGGAAAACAAGACUACGAGCCCCAUGAUGCCAAGAGGGUGGGCUGAGCCGGCGGGCACCGAGGCUGUUGACCUGGAUGGCCCCGUGCUGAUGCCCCCGCCACCUAGAUGGAGAACGCCCUGCAGUAGGACAGGCCACGGCACGAUGGCACCGUGGACCGUGCUGCUCUUCUGGGCUCUCUUGAGCCGACCUUUGGUUUCCCAGGGUCGCCCUGCUGUCAAGGAUCCAGCUACUGGUGAAAUGCAGGUGACGCCGCACAUCCGGCUCCCUGGCAGUCGGUUGGAUCUGCAGUGCUAUGACACGGACGACUACCAGGUGGUGAGGUGGACCAAAGACCAGGUGGCACUGUUGGACGGGGAGCGCGUGCAUCUGCGCGACGGCCACCUGGAGAUCGACACCCUCGAUGCGUCUGACUCCGGGUUCUAUGCCUGCUACUCCCAUGGCCCCUAUGGCAACCACAGCAACUACUUCUCUGUUAACGUCACAGCCGAUGCGCUGCUGUCCUCUGAGGACGACGACGAAGAUGAGUCUUCCUCAGAAGAGGCAAAGCUGCCCAACGCUACGAAGUUACCCAUGCCCCCCCAGUGGGCCCAGCCGGAGAAGAUGGAGAAGAAGCUGCACGCCGUGCCGGCCAGCAAGACCGUUAAGUUCCGAUGCCAGGCGAAUGGGAAUCCCAGUCCCACGCUCAAGUGGUUCAAGAACGGCAAGGAAUUCAAGAGGGACCAGCGCAUCGGCGGUUUCAAGGUUCGAGAGCAUGUUUGGACCAUAAUCAUGGAGUCUGUGGUGCCCUCGGACAAGGGGAACUACACCUGCGUGGUGGAGAACAAAUAUGGCAGCAUCAACCACACCUACCAGCUCGACGUCGUCGAGCGCUCCCCCCACCGGCCCAUCCUCCAGGCUGGGCUGCCGGCCAAUCGUACGGCAGUAAUAGGCAGUGAUGUAGAGUUUGUCUGCAAGGUGUUCAGCGACCCCCAACCUCACAUCCAGUGGCUGAAGCACAUCGAGGUCAACGGCAGCCGCAUGGGCCCCGACGGCCUGCCUUACGUGCGCAUCCUCAAGCACUCAGGGGUUAAUAGUCUGGACACUCAGGUGCUGACGCUCUACAAUGUGACGGAGGAGGAGAGCGGGGAGUAUGUAUGUAAAGUGUCCAAUUAUAUAGGAGAGGCCAAUCAGUCAGCCUGGCUGACUGUCACCAGGCACGAAGCACAAGCCACGCCCCCCUCACCAGUGCCCAGCCAGACCUACCUGGAGGUGCUGAUCUACUGCGUGGGAUUCUUCCUAAUCUGCGUCAUGGUUGUCGUCGCCAUCAUAUUCAAGAUACGCAGCACCUCCAAGAAGAGUGACUUCAACAGCCAGCUGGCCGUGCACAAGCUGGCUAAGAGCAUCCCCCUGCGCAGACAGGUGUCGGUGGACUCCAGUUCCUCCCUGAACUCGGGGGUGAUGCUGGUUCGUCCCUCGCGCCUCUCCUCCAGCGGCCUGCCCAUGCUCUCCGGCGUCUCGGAGUAUGAGCUGCCGCAGGAUCCACGCUGGGAGGUGCCACGCGACAGGCUGGUGCUUGGGAAGCCCCUCGGAGAGGGAUGCUUUGGCCAGGUGAUGAUGGGAGAGGCCAUUGGACUGGACAAGGAGAAACCCAACCGCGUCACCAAGGUGGCCGUUAAGAUGCUGAAAUCCGACGCGACCGAGAAGGACCUGUCAGACCUCAUUUCUGAAAUGGAGAUGAUGAAGAUCAUCGGGAAGCAUAAGAACAUCAUUAACCUGCUGGGUGCCUGCACCCAGGAUGGACCUCUCUAUGUCAUCGUGGAGUACGCAUCCAAAGGCAACCUGAGAGAAUACCUUCGAGCCCGCCGCCCCCCCGGCAUGGAGUACUGCUACAAUCCCGACCAGGUGCCCGUGGAGAACAUGUCCAUCAAGGAUCUUGUCUCCUGCGCCUACCAGGUGGCUCGGGGGAUGGAGUAUCUUGCUUCCAAAAAGUGUAUCCAUAGAGACCUGGCCGCUCGCAAUGUCCUGGUGACCGAGGACAGCGUGAUGAAGAUUGCCGACUUCGGCUUGGCUCGAGAUAUCCACCACAUCGAUUACUACAAGAAGACCACUAAUGGUCGGUUGCCAGUGAAGUGGAUGGCCCCAGAAGCUCUGUUUGACCGGGUAUACACACACCAGAGUGACGUGUGGUCAUUCGGCGUGCUGCUGUGGGAGAUCUUUACACUGGGCGGCUCCCCAUACCCUGGGGUGCCAGUGGAGGAGCUCUUCAAGCUGCUGAAGGAGGGCCACCGCAUGGACUGCCCAUCCACCUGCACCCACGAGCUGUACAUGAUGAUGCGUGACUGCUGGCACGCCGUGCCCUCUCAGAGGCCUACCUUCAAGCAGCUCGUUGAGGACCUGGACCGUACCCUGGCCAUGUCGUCCAAUCAGGAGUACCUGGACCUCUCUGUGCCCCUGGACCAGUACUCCCCCAGCUACCCCGACACACGUGGCUCCACAUGCUCCUCGGGGGAGGACUCCGUGUUCUGCCAUGACGCCGGCGCCGAGGAACCCUGCCUGCCCAAGUUCCCCCCCCAGCCCAACGGGCCGGUCUUCAAGAAGCGCUGACGACGUUGUGCCAAAGCGGUCCUCCCCAUCAUCCUCCUGUUCUCACACCACACUGCCAUAUUUCCAUGGGGCCUCCCUGCUGGCUUAGACUCGCAUAGAGAUGAACCUUUCUGUAGGGGGGGGGCACGGACCUCAUUUUUAAACGUCCACUUUAUAAUUAUGAACUUGAACAUUUUGGCUGCCUUUGAAUAGCCUGGACCUAGACCGAAGGCUCUCAAUGGAGCACUCAGCGAUGGAGCAGGCGCUGGGGAGGAUGGACUGGGGGAGGGGGGGGGGAUGCCACUGAGGACAAUUGCUCCUACCCCUGUCCUACCUCCCUAUUACAGAGGGGAGACAUUCUUUUUGCUCUUCAGACUUUUUCUCAAAACAAACACAGAUCAUGCCAAGAAAAACCUUGCACCUUGAUUUGCUCCCCAGUCGGCCAGCACAUUGAGACCCAACAGCAUUGUGUAAAUACAGUUAUAAAUUUAUAAAUGAAUAUAUAUUUCUUAUGUACUCAUGUUUAUUUUAUUUUGUCCCCUUUUUGUACAUGGACACCCCCAGUGGAGUAGGGUACGAGUGAUGUGACGAAUCCCUGCUGAAAUUGUAUUGACCGUUAACUGGCCAGUUGUCCUGGGUUUGCUUUUAGACCUGGCAUAACCUGCUGCUCCAAUACAGGUACUCUGUUCCUUUACCACGCUGCAGCCUCGCUCUACCCCCGCGGGAGUGUGGGUGUCGGACCCGGGGGAGACGCCGGUGGGUCCCGUAUCCCACGUGUGACACGUCCUCAGUCGCCGAUGCCUGCUGGUGACAAUCUGAGAAACCGUGUCUCACGGUAGCAGCGACGAUGGUCCGUCUCUGCUUGCAUUUCUCUUGUUCUUUGAAAGGCACGAUCGACUGUGGCCGUCUUGUCUGUUAAACGUCAGAACCAUGUGCAUAAAGGAGUUCGGUGCACUUUACUGCUGCAUAUGUCAAAUAGGAGCUGCAUGUUUCUGUUCCCGCAGAGACCGCCAGGGGGCGUGCUUCUGGCAGACCUCUGACUUUGGGGCUCUUGCGGGAAAUGCUUGUGUCAUCGUAAAGGAUCAUCAUAAAUAAAGAGCUAUUAAAAAUAAA